ACCCCAGUCAGUCGCAUGGCUGCCCUGGGCCCCAGCCCCUGGCCCCCUUUACUAAUCCCGGCCCCUACUGUACCGCUGCUGCUGUUGCUGCUGCUCCUAGUGCCUGCUCAUCCCCAGGGCCUGUCUGGGAUGCAGGGGGAGCCCUCCUUGGGAGAAAGUUCAUCUGGGGAGGAUGUCCUGGGCGUGGAGCAUCUGCCCAGUGAAGAGGAUGCACCUGGAGAGGCGGAUCCACCUGGUGGGGAGGAUCCACCUGGAGGUAAUUCUGAAGCCCCAAAGGAGGAUUCCCUGAAGUUAGAGGAUCUACCCACUGUUGAGCCUCCUGAGGACAGUCACGGUCCCCACAAGGACGGCAAAGGGAGUGGCCACGGUCUUUGGAGCUAUAGAGGCACCCUACUCUGGCCCCAGGUGUCCCCAGCCUGUGCCGGCCGAUUUCAGUCCCCUGUAGAUAUCCGCCUGGAGCUCACCUCAUUCUGCCGCGCCCUGCAACCCCUGGAACUACUGGGCUAUGAGCUCCAGCCUCUCCCGGAACUCAGCUUGUUCAACAACGGCCACACGGUACAGCUGACUCUGCCACCGGGGCUGAAGAUGGCACUGGGACCUGGGCAGGAAUACCGGGCCCUGCAGUUGCAUCUACAUUGGGGGACUUCAGAUCGCCCCGGCUCAGAGCACACUGUCAAUGGCCACCGUUUCCCUGCUGAGAUCCACGUGGUUCACCUCAGUACUGCUUUCUCAGAGUUUCAUGAAGCCGUGGGUCGCCCGGGAGGCCUGGCUGUUUUGGCUGCCUUUCUGCAGGAGAGCCCAGAAGAGAACAGUGCCUAUGAACAGUUGCUGUCCCACUUGGAGGAAAUUUCAGAAGAAGGCACCAAGAUUGAGAUCCCAGGUCUGGAUGUAUCUGCACUGCUGCCCUCGGACCUCAGCCGUUACUACAGAUAUGAAGGCUCUCUAACCACACCUCCCUGCAGCCAGGGGGUCAUCUGGACUGUGUUCAACCAGACAGUGAAGCUGAGCGCUAAGCAGCUCCAUACUCUCUUUGUUUCCCUGUGGGGACCUCAUGAUUCUCGGCUACAACUGAAUUUCCGAGCCGCACAACCUUUGAAUGGGCGAGUGAUUGAGGCCUCUUUCCCUGCCGGAGUGGACAGCAGCCCGGAGCCAGUCCACAUGAAUUCCUCCUGCCUUGCUGCUGGUGACAUCCUGGCCUUGGUGUUUGGCAUCCUCUUUGCUGCCACCUGCGUGGCCCUCCUCAUACAGCUGUGGAGGCAGCACAGGCACAGAAGUGGGACCAAAGACGGAGCCAGCUACAGCCCAGCAGAAAUGACAGAAACUGGAGCCUAAGAAGAAGCCAGCUAGAGGAUGCUGGGAACCUUGUCCUGUCCCACCCAUCUGCCCGUUAUACAGCUUCUUUUUAACCAACCAACAAGGAAUCUUUCUCAUCUUCCUAACUUUUCUUCUUUUCCUUACUUAAGUACUGCAACGGGAUCUUAUAGUGAAAAGGCAAGAAUGGGACUCAAUUCCUGCUUUUUUUUCUUCUUCUUGAGACAGGGUUUCUCUGUGUAGCUCUGGCUGUCCUGGAACUCACUCUGUAGGCCAGGCUGGCCUUGAACAGAGACCUGAAGGCCUCUGCCUCUGAGUGCUGGGAUCAAAGGCGUGCGCCACCACUGCCUGACAUGAUAUUCUUGCUCUCACUUUGCAGUCAAAUGCUCUACCACUGAGCUAUACACCCCUUGAUCUUACUAUAUAGCCCAGGCUGGCCUGGAACUGAGUGUGUGUGUGGUAAUGGAGUUUGAACCCAGGAUCUUGUUCCAACUAGGCAAGUGCUGUACCACUGAAUACGCAUCUAGUCCCCUGAACUCUCUAUCCUCCUGCCUCAGCCUCUUGAGUGCUGGCAUUACAGGCACGCACCA